AUGCCUCUCCCAUUUAAUUUCUAUAUUACCAAAGAUGUGAAUGAAAGCAUGAAAACAUGCUUCAACAGAGAUUUAUUGGAAAAAUAUAUUGAAAUAUACGAAACGAAAUGCGAGAGAGAAAGUUUCAUGUUGGAGAGAAAUGCAUUAUAUUGGAGUAUACAAGCUCUGUGUAAUCAAUCAUGUGGAAAAUCGAAUCUUUCAGAGGAAUGUGCAAUGAAAUCUAGAAAUUUCCUCUCAAAAAGCUUCAAUCCAAGCUUUAUUCUAGUUUCUUAUACACAUCUCAAUCUAGGACUCUUUGAAAUUGGAAGAGGAAAUAUGGAAUUGUCGAAUUUUCAUUUACAUUGUUGUAAAUUUGGAAAUCUAGUCAACCAAUCACGAUUGAAAAGGACAAUUUCGUUUUUGGAACAAUUUUCAUUUGGAGAAAUGGAUGCAUUAAACUUUGCAAGUCGAUUACCUUCCGUAUUUGAGUUUAUUUGUGGAAUUACACUAUCAAGUCAAUUGGUGACAUUAUUACAACAAAAAAUUACGAAAGAAAAUUGUAAUGAAAUUAUCAAUACUGGAUCUGAAAUUGUAAAGUUAUGUAUUUCGACCAUUCUAUCAAGAAAUACAGAUUCCAAUAGUGAAGAUUCCCCUUCGAAUAGUUUCGAAUUCACUCAAACCUUAUUAAUUGAAGGUUUAAAAUUGGGAGUUUACGUCUCCUCUCUCAGUAGAACCGAUCUGAUAGAAGAAUGCAGUCUCAGAAUAACCUAUCUAUGUGAAACUGAUUCAUUCAAUCAUUGUAGUUUAUUCUCAAUUCCAUUUAUAGUAAUGGCAACACGUGUCAAUUUACAAGUUGUGAAAGGCAUCAAGAAUGGAUCGAGAAUGAACAAUCAAAUAAGUUUUGGAGAGCUAGGCAUUCUUCAACCAAUUGAUUAUUAUGAAAUUCUGCAAAGAAAUCAAAAUGCUCUCAAUUUAUUAAAUUCUCGAUUUUCACUCGUGUCGGUCGUUCAUGGGAAAUUGAUGAAAUCACUUGAUGAAAUCCUGUCAAACAGAUAA